AUGGAUGUUAAAAAUAACGUAUAUUUAGCGUUUUUAUUAAUACUGUAUUGUAUUCUAUGCGUUAACAGUUCUGACCUCCAGUAUGAGACAAGCUUCAACCAGUUGACAAAAUUGUUCCUCGAAAAUAAAGUAGCCUUAAGAUCCACGCUGGACGUUCAAGCUGGAUGGAUACAGCAACCCCUAGACCAUUUCACAUCGAAUUCUCCAACAUGGAAAAUGAGGUAUUUCACAGCUUUAGAAUAUUUUCGGCAAAAUGGUCCUGUAUUUAUUUAUUUGGGUGGAGAAGGGACAGCGAAUCCAGUACACUUAAAAAGUGGAGUAAUUCAAGAAUUGGCACAGGAGACGGGUGGAGCAAUGUUCAUGACUGAACAUCGAUAUUAUGGGCUCAGUAAACCAUAUCCUAAUUUUAAUGCGGAAACAAUGAAAUGGCUAUCAUCAACGCAAGCCCUUGCUGAUAUAGCAAAAUUGAUAACGUACAUAAAAUCUGAUUCUAAGUUUAUGAAAUCAAAAGUCGUUAUGAUUGGAGGAUCAUAUCCAGGUAAUUUAGCUGCGUGGAUGAGGUUGAAAUAUCCUAAUUUGGUUGAUGCAGCUAUCGCAAGCAGCAGUCCCGUUUUAGCAAAGAAAGAUUUUUAUGAAUACUUCGAGAAAGUAAAUGAAAACUAUCAGAAAUAUGGAACAUCCAACUGUCUGCUUAAAACUAAAUCUUUAUUUCAAAGAUAUAAAGUACUACUCCAAAAUGUGGAAGGCACUACGCAGCUAAAGCGAGAAAAUAAUAUUUGCGAUACUUGCGAUUUAAAAGAUAUUAGAAAUCAAUGGGUGUUUUUCUUGAGUAAAAUUAACACAUUUUCACAAUCAUCUCAAUAUGGAGGGCCGAUUAAAAUAAAAAAUCAUUGUAAUCUCUUGGAAAAAUAUGAUACACUAAAUAAUUUAGGGCAGCGAAUAAGUUAUGCUGCAUUUAUUGACAGUUUCCGGAGAAACAGUGAUAUCCAUGCGUGGUUUUAUCAAGUUUGUACUGAAUUCGGAUAUUUCCAAACAACAACGUCCAAAUCACAACCAUUUGGUGAUGUCAAUCCUAAAGAAUUUUAUUUACAUAUAUGCAAAGAUUUAUUCGGAGCUGAUUUUAAUGAAGCAAGAGUUGACAGGGGUGUGCAAAGAAGCAAUUAUGCUUAUGGUGGAUUGAGGCCGAAUGUAACUCGCGUUGUAUUCGUUAAUGGGGACGUAGAUCCAUGGAGUACUAUAAGCGUUCUUGUAACACUGUCUUCUGAAGCGCCAGCUGUUGUCAUACCCGGAGCAGUACAUUGUCAAGAUUUAAGCACUACCCAUUACUCUCCGGAAACACUAAAACAAGCUACUAGGUACGUUAAAAAUGUGGUAAAAACUUGGAUCGGAAUAGGAAAUGGUCCAAAGUAG